AUAGUACCAGGACUCGAUCGGCAGAUGUAAGAGAGAGGCGGCCCUUACGCGACUUUCGGCUUUUCCAUUUUCCUUAUUCACUGCCUUACGCCUUUGGUCCGUCAGCGCAUCUGAUAUUGCACUGUGAUAUCUCAUAGGCUGGAACCUUCUUUCAGUUUACCUAUCGUUACGUGUGCUUUGCUCUUUAGCCAUGGAUAUUCCACCUAAUCAAACGAUUUACAUAAACAACUUAUAUGAAAAGUUGGGCAAAGAAGAGCUUAAGAAAUGCCUCUACGCUAUGUUUUCGCAAUUUGGCCGGAUCAUGGACGUGGUGGCUAUGAAGACUUAUCGACUGCGUGGGCAAGCAUGGGUGGUCUUCACGGACACGGCAGCAGCAACGAACGCCUUGAGAACAAUGCAGGGGUUCCCGUUCUUUGACAAGCCUAUCCGGAUAACGUACGCUAAGGGGAAGUCCGAUGCGGUUGCAAAAGUGGAUGGGACGUAUAAGCCAGACAAGAAGCAGCGGGCGCAAAAGAACGCGGCAGCACGAGAGGCGAUGCUCAAAAGGCCAACCGGGGGCAAGGCGGCGGGAGCUUCAGUCGGGGGCGGCUCGGCACAGGGCGCUGGCGGAGGCAGCGGCCUGGCGAAUGCCCCCAACAAGAUUCUCUUCGUCCAGAACCUGCCAGAGAAUUCGAACGAAGCCAUGCUGGGUAUGUUAUUCCAGCAGUUCCCGGGCUUCCGGGAGGUACGCAUGGUGGAGGCGCGACCCGGCAUUGCCUUCGUCGAGUUCGAGAACGACAUGCAGUCUACAACAGCGAUGCAAGGCUUGCAGGGCUUCAAGAUUACGCCGGCAAACGCGAUGAACAUAUCUUACGCAAAGCAGUAAUUCUGAUGCGAUGUGUGCAUCCACACCAUUGCACGGAUGUGCAAUAGUACCCCGAAUUGUGCGUUCCGCCACAAUAGAAACGUAUGAGCAUAAAAACCUUGCUGACAUGUCCGUACAGUCUCGUACAGCCAUGCUGUGUCCGACAAGGGUGAUGCGUAUUGCAACGGGUCACAAGAUUGCGGUCAGUUAGCGUCGUUAUCAAGACUCAAUGAAUGAUGGUCUGGUGACGAGGCGUGUAACCGUGUGUAAAAUGCACAAAAU